AUGGAGAAGGUGAACAUCGAGCCAUGUGUGAAGAUGGACACCCAAACCCUUGAUCUUCUCAAGAUAAGAGAUGAUGUCACAUGGUACUUGGAGAUGAAUCACAACACCAACAUCCACUUUGGGAACCGGACACUGAUCCCACACGAUCUCCACGGCCGGAGUUACCAAGACCCAGCCGUAAGCAUCGUGCCACAUCCGUUCCCUCCCAACCGCGCUCAUCCGACGUUUGAAGGACCUAGCCGAGACGAGCAUCAUUACCAUCAUCAUCAAAACCGACCUCCGGUUUAUCAUCAACCACCUAGACCAGUGUUGCAUUCACACCACGACCAUGUUCUCAAUAGGCGGAGAGAUAGCCAUUUCGAUGCCGUGCUUGAGGGUUUCAUGGAGAGCCAAAGAAAAACUAGCCGCGACAUUGAGACAAAGCUAGAGUUCACGCGAUACGAACUAGAUGGAAGACUUGGAGAACUCUCUACCCAAAUAGAGAGAGUAGAGUCAAGAUGCUUGGACAUGGAGGAAGAUUUGAAGAAGCAAGGCGAGGCCAUUGAAGACAAUAGGAGAGCGAUACACUUUACCAAAGUUUCUACCAAGGAGAUGGACAAUCACUUAGAUGAGAAGAUCUCAAGUCUUGAUAACAACCUCGAUGGCACCACCAAGAGUCUCAAUUCAAUAACAGCAGUAGCUCAUCAAGCUAAGAGGGAGGUAGCCGAAGUAACCCUAAAAGAGAGGCAAUGUUACUCGACGAUGCUUACAUUGGUGGAAGGGCAAAAACAAGUGAAGGCACAAAUCCGAGAUUUACACAUCUCUCUAGACAAGAGGAGCCAAGAUAUUCAAAGAAGAGCUAGAGGGCUUGAAGACAAAGUAGAUGGAGUCUCCAAGGAAGUCAAGGAUUUAACCACUCGCUUAGCCAACUUGGAAGAGAAGGUCUUGACCGAGCAAAGACGACCGUUCCUAAGCACAACCAUGCCGCGCCCGUCUUUACUAUAA